CGAUAAAAUCAACUUGGCACCAAUGAAUUUUGUGUCGUGUCUAAAUCGAAAUGAGCUCUCGCGGGUCGAUGCUUCACCGAAACGCAUUUUUCUUAUGCCACUUUUACUUGCCGCCUUUUUUUGCCUGUAACUCGUAUUAUGAAGCGUUGAAUAAUCAUGAGCUCGCGUAUUAUAUUGGCGAGUGAGAGUGAUUCGAUUUUCGAUGCGGGUGCCCUCACAAACCACCUUAAUCUCUCCUCACUUUCGACUAUCGAUUAAUAUCCAUAAAACAAUGGGGAAACAACAAAUCAUUAAAAUAUAUAUUCCGUGGAUCGGAACGUGAACGAUUUAUUUCCUUGGCUACUUCGUCGUAGUUCAAACCUACUUCAACUCAAAUAAAUUCUCUAGAAGUUUGCCGAGUUACCCACUGGCUGGAGUCUCGACAUUUUUCGUGCUGCAGUGCUAGACGAGAACACAUUUCGUUCACUUAGAAAUGAAACUUUGCAUCGCAAUCGUCUCCCUUUUUAUGAGCGUCGUGAUCGAAUCGAAACCGGUGGAGAAUGCGAAUAAUUUUGAGGUGAAGAACGAGAUCGAUUAUGGAAAUAGUGCCAAGGAUAAAAACGAGAGUGACGAUGCGCGAACUAAAUUGACGUUUCGUCCGAGUGAAUCCUCCGUCGUCGAGCCCGAGGCUUCGGACGAUCAAAGCGUCGAAAAUAAUGAAGUAACGACGGAAGGAAGCGGUACAACGAAGCCGCCACCGCCCGAAAAUUUACUCAAUUAUCUGCUGCCUCUACUCCAACGAUGGAAAUUCACUCCGCAAACGUUUCUCCAAGAUCGAAUCAAUACCUUCAAGCAAAGCCUUGGAAAUCUCGGUUUGAUUGUUCCCUCCAACAACGCUACGAACUCGAAACAAUUCGCUCCGACAAACGGUCUCCUGCAGCUCGUCGGACUCAACGAUUCGGGCUUCUACACCGAUCGAUUCGAACCUGCUGGCUUCCUCGGCGGCAAUGGAUGGUUCGCCAAUAAAGGCGGAAUUCUUGGCGGUCCUGGCGCUAUUGUGUCGACCGGUAGCCUGCUCACCGACUAUCCAACUCCUUACAAAAAAUGAAGUCGAUUCUCACCAGCCCUUCUCAUAUCUGACUAAAAUAUUCAUGAAAUCCUUUAAUUCUCGUGAAAAUAUUUAUUUUCCGGACAAUUUUUUUUCGCACGGUGCAAAAGUCGAUCGAAAUCGUAUCGAUCUCUAAGAUGACGCUGAAGUUUCCAACGUUGGAGUCCAACGAAAUGAACGAAAAAAACGUUUUUAAUUCGCCAAUUUUUUAUUUCACGAAUCGUUGGUUCACGCAGCUUGAAAAACUACGAAUCGCAAAUUUGGCAGGGAACAAAAUAGGAGAAUUACCGGAAUUAUUGGAGAGUUUUUUUCGAUCAUUUCGUUGGACUCCAACGUUGCAAACUUCAGCGUCAUUCUCCAAGCACCAGGUCGAUGAUUACUUUCUCCUAGGAUUUCAAAGUUUCCGUACAAUAUUUUCUUGACUCGAGAAAACUCUGACUGUCAAUCCGUUUAUUCGGAUGGUUCCAGGCUCUCGUUGUUUUAAUAAAUAUUCAUUCGCUCCUGGGAGUUCGGUCAAAAUAAAUCGAUUGUUCAAUGAAAUCUCCAUGCUUUCGACAGAAAAACAAUUUUCUUAUAUUCACAACGGGAUAAUCGUCAUUUCUGUGCUUUAGAAACCAAAGAAUAACUCCGUUCAGAAGAGCCUCAAGAAGCGUGAAAGGCACUUGUAUUUUGGCUUUUCCGAACCGGAAAAACGAGUCUUCUCAUUGGGCUUUAAUUGCUUUUAAAAAUUGAUGAAUUCGAAGAAACUCCGAAGGUUUCCCGUAACAAAUGUUGGUAAUCGCGAACUGCAGUUCUUCGAGUGAGAGCUUGAAUUUUUAAUGGAAUAAAACCGUACAAAAAAGUUGGUGGUUCGAUCGUUGAAGCAGUGCCGGAAGCUCGAGCUUCGAAUGCCUCGAUUUUACGAACUUCGUUGACAAUUAGAAUGGACGAGGUUUACGAUUAGAAGCUAUUACCGAAGCUAGCGAUUCGCAAAUCGCUGAUAAUGAUCGAAAGCAUGAAGUGGAAUUAACCAUUGAUACGGUUAUUACGAGUUAGUGGAAGGUCGAGAUCCGAGCGCCUGUGGAGGACUGUCCAACGUGCGUGCGUGCUAACGAUCCGUAAGCUAUACUCACUCCUCGAAGAUUAUGCUUACGCAUACAUACGUGCAUAUUCAAAGCAGAGAUGAAUCGGUCUGCAGGGUAUUUGAAUCCGUCGAUCUGGAGGCUUCGGCUACAGUGAAAAUGCUUUCGACGAAUCCUCGAGUUUCCACAAAUAUUCAAUCGGCAAAAUUCCGCCUGAUUGGAUUAGCGAAAAAUGUAGGAAGUCCCCAGAAAUAUGUUCGAGGAAAUGCUUCGAGUGAAAAUUGCGGGGUCUAGCCUAAUUAGACGGGCAAAAAAAAGACUAAUUUAAAUUAUAAAUAUGGAUACAAAAAGUGUUGGGCCUUACACUCUGAAAAUACACAAAAACAUUUUUUUAUAUUUAUUUUAGUCAGUUUUCGUAGAGAAAAAUGGGGGAGAAGACAGGUCCACAAAAAGAUGGGUGUGCGCUGUUGGUUAAAUCUUCUGGAAUGGAUGAUCGAAGAAAAAAGAAAAAAAUGGUUUUAGAUUCAAUAGGUAUCAUACGCGCGUAUCAUACGAUUUUUUAUUUUUCCAAAAACUACGAAAAAGCACGUUUUUUUCAUUAUUUUUCGCAGAAAAAAAAAGUUCUGCUCGAAAUUUCAAAAUUCGUAUGAUGUGCGUUAUAGCUGUGGUCAUAAAGAUCAUGUGGUCAAAUUUUGGUGAGGGUCGUUGAAUAAUUUCGGAGAUUUUAUCAACGAGCCGUCGAAAAAGGUAAUUUUGAGAAA